UGGUGCAGCACGCUCUUGAAGAGCGCUUUAUUUGUUCCGUUCACCGAUCACCGAUCGUUUUUUUCUAGCCGGUCGUAUUAACUUCGAUAGCUUCGAGUUUAUUGUGACACUUUCCCCGAAUCGGCGCUCGUUAUCGAAGCGUAUAUAGCUAAACAUAAGUAACCAGUGUGUUUUGGGUGUUCAUGAAAAGUUGUGCGCCAAAAGUCAUACGAAAUGGCAACCCGCUUUAUGGAUAUACUGAAGCUGACCUUUAAGGUGCUCAGUUUCAAGUAUGAACAGCGCAAGUUGGCCACCACUAUAUAUUCUGUGAUAAAGACGAAGCUUGGACCAGUGCGCGGAGUGAAGCGGAACACCAUCUGGGGAGGGAGCUACUUCAGUUUCGAGAAGAUACCCUUCGCGAAGCCCCCGUUGGGAGAUCUCCGUUUCAAGGCCCCCGAGCCAGUGGAACCAUGGGACCGGGAAUUGGACUGCACUUCUGCGGCAGAGAAGCCCCUGCAAACACACCCCUUUUUUCGAAAGUACGCGGGCUCAGAGGACUGUCUCUACUUGAAUGUGUACGUUAAAGAUUUGCAACCGAACAAACUUCGUCCCGUGAUGGUUUGGAUCUAUGGAGGAGGGUUCCAAGUUGGAGAGGCCUCCCGCGAUAUGUACAGUCCCGACUUCUUUAUGUCGAAGGAUGUGGUCAUAGUCACUGUGGCCUAUCGACUGGGAGCCUUGGGCUUCCUGAGCUUGGAUGAUCCUCAGCUAGAUGUGCCCGGAAACGCCGGUCUCAAGGAUCAGUUAUUGGCCCUUCGAUGGGUGCAGCAAAAUAUCGAAGCCUUCGGCGGUGAUCCCAGCAAUGUCACACUCUUUGGCGAAAGUGCCGGAGGAGCUUCCACUCACUUCCUUACCCUAAGCCCACAAACCGAGGGACUUAUCCACAAAGCGAUCGUCAUGUCGGGCAGUGUUCUGUGUCCCUGGACGAGGCCGCCGAGGAAAGAUUGGGCCUACCGACUGGCCCAGAAACUGGGUUACACGGGUGACAACAAGGAGAAGGCCAUCUUUGAGUUUCUGAAGUCGGUGAAUGGCGGGGAAAUUGUGAAGGCCUCCGGCCCGGUCCUCAGCAAUGACGAGAAGCAUCAUCGCAUUAUGUUUGCCUUUGGACCCGUUAUCGAACCCUACACCACCGAUCACACGGUGAUUGAUAAACAACCCCAUGAACUGAUGAAAAACAGCUGGAGCCACAGGAUACCCAUGAUGUUCGGAGGCACGAGCUUCGAGGGGCUGCUUUUCUAUCCAGAGGUUUCCAGGCGUUCAGCCACCCUAGAUGAGGUGGGGAACUGCAAGAAUAUGCUGCCGAGCGAUCUUAGCCCCAACUUGGAUCCCAAACUGCGCGAAAACUACGGGCUGCAGUUGAAGAAGGCGUAUUUCGGCGAUGAACCCUGCAACCAGGCCAACAUGAUGAAGUUCCUGGAACUGUGCUCAUACCGCGAAUUCUGGCACCCUAUUUAUAGGGCGGCUCUGACUCGAGUCCGCCAGUCCAGUGCUCCCACCUAUCUAUAUCGCUUCGAUCACGAUUCCAAAUUGUGCAAUCCCAUUAGGAUUGUCCUCUGUGGCCAUCAGAUGCGAGGUGUCUGCCAUGGCGACGAUCUAGGCUAUAUAUUCCACAGCAUGUUGUCACACCAAUCCGCGCCAGACUCCCCGGAAUAUAAGGUUAUCACAGGAAUGGUCGACGUUUGGACGAGUUUCGCCGCCAACAGUGAUCCCAAUUGCGAAAGUAUAAGGGCUCUUAAAUUCGCUCCCCUCGAAAACGAAACGGAUUUCAAGUGCCUUAAUAUUACGGAGCCGUUCGAAGUGAAAGCUCUUCCAGAACUGAAGAAAAUCGAAUCAGUUUGGAACAGUUUCUACGCGCCGAAUGAACUGUAGAUGCAGUGCAUCAAUAAUAGGGUUUUAUAGCUUUAACUGUCUCAAUUCCAUAGAUUUGGAUGAUCUUAAUUUUUUGUAAAUACUCUGUACAUAUGAUAUGGUUAUUUUAAGUGUGAGAUGUUAUUUGUUUAAUUUGAAAUAUGCUGUUUCUAGGGUUAUCAUUGGUUCGAUCUUACAGGGUCUAUAAAUAAAUAAAACAAUUGAUAUUAAA